UACUAUUGUAUAUAUAGUAGAGUCAGAAAAUACAGUUUGCUUUUUUAAGUUCUUUUUAUUUCCUUUUACAUUUAGCCUACUUCUGUGAGUUAUUUCGUGUCACAAUGUAACACCUGCCUUUGGACACACUCUAAUAAUUUUAUGUCCUUAUGUUGAAGUGCCCAAAACUGCACACAGUACUUGAGGUGGUGUUCCACCAGUGCAGAGUGGGACAAUCACAUCCCUCAACCAGCUGGUGAUACUGUGCCUCAUGCACCCCAGAAUACAAUUGGCCCUUUUGGCUUCUAGGGCACACUGCUGACUUAUAUUCAAUUUGAUAUGAAACUGAACCCUCAUCCCUUUCCAUGGUGCUGCUCUCAAGCAUCUUGUUUGUAUGUAUAGCAUCCAGACCCCCCUAGUUUGUACAUAUAACCAAGAUUACCCUGUUCCAGGUGCAGAAUCUGGCACUUGCUCUUAUUAAAUUCCAUAGUUGGCGAUUGCCCAGCUCUCUAGUCUAUCCAGAUCUCUCUGUAACUCCUCUCUACCCUCAAGGGAAUCCACCAGCUCUUCCUAAUUUAGUAUCAUCAUCCAACUUACUUAACAUACAUUUGAUUCCUGUGUAUUGCGGGUAAACCAGGGCUCCUGAACAACUGACCAAUAUGAUCAAGCAGAAGCCAUUUAUUGUUUACAUUACACACACUUUUAUAUGGUCUACAAACGACUAAGAUCACAUUUCUUGAUUGGUGCCUUUGUCUUGUUCCCUCGUUCUCUGCCUCCAUUUCUCAGCAUCCGUGAUUGGUUACUGUGCAGGUGUUCUACAGUCCUCUGUCAUCUAGUUCUUGCAAUCCUGGUAUUUGGUUUCUCAGCUUCUUCUUUCUUAUUUUAGCACAGUUUAUGUCUUAGUAACCUUGAUGAAUUCCACGGUGCCCUGAGAAAAUUCUGAUAAGAACACUUACAGACAGUAUGGCUGGUGCACACUGAGGCCUAAGUUGUUCAGAUACAUUGCUACACCUGUGCCAGAUAAUUUAUAAAAACAUCAAAGUGUACUGGCCUAAAAUUGAGCCCUGGGGAACCCUACUGGUGACUGGCCACCAGCCCGAUGUAACCCCAUUUACUAUAACUCUUUGAACCCAACCUGUCAGCUAGUUGUUCACCCGAUGUAAUAUGGACUUGUCCAGUUGUAUGCUGGACAUUUUGUCCAGAAGAAUACUGUGAGACACAGUAUCAAAAGCUUUGCCAAAAUAAUAAUAAAAAACCCCACCACAUGUACUGGUUUCCCUUGGUCAAUUAGAUGUACAACCUUGUCAUAAAAGGAAAUUUAGUUAAGCAGGAUUUUCCCCUCAUGAACCCAUGCUGGCUAUGACCAAUAUAUGUAUUACAGCCAAAUAUUACUGGUUAUGUAGAUGGUAUAAUAGGCUGCGUACAACAGUAAUUUUAUAGGUUACAAAAUGUGUAAAAGAGCUGCAGGUUUGCAUGUAUUUGGGUUACAGGGCUAUAUGGAACCAUAGUGACCAUUAGAUGUGGAUGCAUUGCAGAAAAAUAGCUACGGUGCUGUAUAAAUUCUCACAUUGUGUAUUGACUCCAGUAUACAACAUCUCUUAUAUCCCUAAAUCAAGCAGUAAUGCUCAAUAUCUUGUAGCCCCAUGACUACAAGGUGCAGAGAAGCAUUGGUAAUAUGGGAGAUUAAGGGGAAACAGGAUGAGGAAGGGAAUUUAAAGAGCAUUGCCCUGGUGGCAGCAUGCAGAAUGAAGUGUGUUCAGGGAAGGAAUAAAAGUAAAGCAGGUUGCAUUCUAAGGAAAUACAUGUGGGGAAGGGUAGGGGUCUAUGAGAAACAUUGCUGAAGGGAAAAGUUGGCACAAGGCAGCUGGUAAUGCACACACUGGUUGUGCGUGUGCUGAGUCCAGCAGGCCAAGUGUAUACAGCAGUUACAGAAAAUGUUCAGCUUUGGCAAUGAGGGCAGUACAGCUGCUGCCACAGCCUCACCUACUUUAGAUGGCAGCAGUCAACAAAUACCCUGUCUAGCAGCAUCUCUUCACUGUUACUUUCUGAUGGGAAAAGAAAUAGAGAUGGUGAUAAGCUGUUAGGACAAAGCAGAAUUUCCUGCUCACGCUAAUCUGCUUCCAAGUAGCAGGAAGCAAACAGGGUGGAAAAGCAAAGCAAAUCACGGAACAGAGAUGCGUGCACAAAACCCCCUUCAUUUUAGUUGCUAAUCGGAUGUGACGUCAGGAUGUCGGUGAGCACGAUCCACGCGGGAGACAGAUAUGCUGAUAUAACCACACCCUCUCUUCCCUCCUUCUCCCUCCCACUCGUGUUUCGGCCUGGCAGUUGCUAUCCAUUUGAACUAUCAGCCACCACUAUAGGUUCCCUCCUUGCUCACUCCGAUGUAGUAUGAUCUUACAUCCAUGGAUAGUCCAUUGUCAUACUAGUGCCACUUUGCUUGUCGGGAAUAGAAUGCGCCCUCGCACGCCCUUAGUGAGGUAGGGGUUUUAUUACAUUCCUACAAACCUUCUUUUCUUUCCUCCUUGAGGAAACAGAUCCUCCUCCCCUCCAGCUCUAAAAGCUGUCCGUCAUACGGGAAGCCCUGCCUCUUCCGGGUAUCUUCGGCUGGGCCACUGCUUCCUUUUCUCUUGCUUGCUCUCUCUCUUUUGUGAGUUAUAGCAACUGUUGCCUUGUGAAUCAAGCGCCAUAGUCACCGUAGUCCUGGUGACUGUUACUCAUCAACAACAUCUGCUCUUCCACUGCUUUCUAUUUGCUUCCUAAUCAUCACCUACAAGAGCCACCACCAGCAAGAGCAACAACACAGCUUUCCACGAUUCAGAGACCAGGAUGCAGACAUCAGAGUCUGGGUCAGACACAGGUUCGACUGUGACUUUACAAGCAUCUGUGGCUGGCCAGGCAGUAGUGCCCACACAGGUUGUACAGCAGGUACCAGUUCAGCAACAGGUACAGCAAGUACAGACUGUGCAACAGGUGCAACAUGUCUACCCAGCCCAGGUUCAGUAUGUGGAGGGAAGUGACACAGUCUACACAAAUGGAACAAUUCGAACAACUUAUCCUUACAUGGAAGCCCAGAUGUAUAGCCAAAACACUGGGGGAAAUUACUUCGAAGGAAGUUCUGCACAGGCAACUACAGUGGUCUCCUCUCAUAGUAUGGUGGGCACCGGAGGGAUUCAGAUGGGUGUUGCAGGAGGACAGCUCAUUAGCAACUCAGGAGGGACCUAUCUGAUUGGCAAUUCAAUGGAAAAUUCUGGUCAUUCAGUGACUCAUACAACACGGGCCUCCCCAGCUACAAUUGAGAUGGCGAUUGACACACUUCAAAAGUCUGAUGGUCUUUCUACUCACAGAAGCUCUCUUCUCAACAGCCAUCUCCAAUGGCUUUUAGACAACUAUGAAACUGCAGAAGGAGUGAGUCUCCCCAGAAGUACCCUUUACAACCAUUACUUACGUCAUUGUCAGGAGCACAAGUUAGAUCCAGUCAAUGCUGCCUCCUUUGGAAAACUCAUACGGUCAAUCUUCAUGGGAUUACGGACCAGAAGACUGGGAACCAGGGGGAACUCUAAAUACCAUUAUUAUGGGAUUCGUGUCAAACCAGAUUCUCCCCUUAAUCGGCUACAAGAGGACAUGCAAUAUAUGGCUAUGAGACAGCAACCCAUGCAGCAGAAACAGAGGUACAAGCCUGUGCAGAAAGUGGAUGGAGUUCCAGAUGGUUUCACAGGAAGUGGUCAACAGGCAGGCACAUCUGCUGAACAAACUAUAAUUGCCCAAAGUCAACAUCAUCAACAGUUUUUAGAUGCAUCUCGAGUACUUCCAGAGUUUGGAGAAGUUGAAAUAUCUUCUCUGCCCCAUGGUACUACCCUUGAGGACAUAAAAUCACUACAAAGUCUUUAUCGAGAACACUGUGAGGCAAUAGUGGAUGUUAUUGUGAAUCUUCAGUUUAGCCUGAUAGAAAAAUUGUGGCAAACUUUCUGGCGCUAUUCUCCCUCUGCUCCAGCUGACGAUGCAGCUAUUAUUGAACUGAGCAAUCUGAGUGAAAUAGAAAGUCGACUUCCAAAAGGAAAACUAAUUACUCUGUGCAAAAAUGAGUCUAUUCUGAAAUGGAUGGGGAACUGUGACCAUGUGAUGUACCAGGCUUUGGUGGAGAUUCUCAUUCCUGAUGUCCUUAGACCUAUUCCUAGUGCCUUGACUCAGGCCAUUCGCAAUUUUGCAAAAAGCCUUGAAGGCUGGCUUUCCAGUGCCAUGAACAAUAUUCCACAGAGAAUGAUACAAAGCAAGGUUGCUACUGUAAGUGCCUUUGCCCAGACUUUGAGAAGAUACACAUCUCUUAAUCACCUGGCUCAGGCAGCUCGGGCUGUGCUUCAGAACACUUCUCAGAUCAACCAGAUGCUCAGUGAUCUCAACCGUGUGGAUUUUGCCAAUGUACAGGAACAGGCUUCCUGGGUGUGUCAGUGUGAUGACAAUAUGGUUCAAAAACUAGAAACAGAUUUCAAGAUGACUCUUCAGCAGCAGAGCACUCUAGAGCAGUGGGCGGCCUGGCUUGAUAAUGUAAUGGUGCAAGCAUUGAAACCAUAUGAAGGAAGACCCAGCUUUCCUAAAGCAGCACGGCAAUUUCUUUUAAAAUGGUCUUUCUACAGCUCAAUGGUGAUUCGAGAUUUAACCUUACGCAGUGCUGCUAGCUUUGGCUCUUUUCAUCUGAUCCGCUUGCUUUAUGAUGAGUACAUGUUUUACUUAGUCGAACAUCGUGUUGCUCAGGCAACAGGAGAAACACCUAUCGCAGUUAUGGGAGAGUUUGGUGAUUUAAAUGCUAUAUCCCCUGGAAAUAUGGAUAAAGAUGAGGGCACUGAAGUUGAAAGUGAAAUAGAAGAAGAGAUGGAUGAAAAUGGAGAGCCACAAGCCAAGAGGGAGAAAACAGACUUAAACCAAGCAUUUCAGGUGGGCUGCUUGCAGCAGCCAGUGCUUGAGAGUGGAAUAGAGCAGAGCCUCCUGAACCCAAUUCAUAAUGAGCACAUUGUUACAAAUACUCAGACUAUCAGACAAUGCAGUGCUUCUGGAAAUACAUAUACUGCAGUCUAAUAUAGAAGUGCCCCUCAACUGCAUUAGCCUUGUUGAUGCUGGUCUUAAUGGGGGAGGUAGGAGAAUAGGUCUGAAAGGUGUCUUAUCAAAUUUUAGCUGUGCUGAACAUUACCUUUUAUUGGAAUUGUGAAAUAAAAUGGGUGUAUGCAUUUUGUCAGAUGUUUAAAAAAAUUGCAAGCAAAAUCAUUUUACAUUGGUUAUUCAAUAUUGAGUUUUUGUAGUUUCAAGUGUCAAUGAAGACUUUUGUCAAGCUUUUAAUGUUAAUGCUUUUUUCCUCUUAAAAUUAAAAUAACUUUUUUUCAUAGUUUAAAUAUAUUUUAAUGUUAAUUAUUUGUCAUAAUGAUUUCAUAUACAUAGAUUUUUAAUUAGAUGCAAAAUAUUAAAAGAAAUACUUUCUUUGACAUACCGGAUGCAAACUCAUUUGACAGUAUAUGCAUCAAAUUUGUUAUAAAAGGUGCUUUUCAUUGAACAGAAAGCACUAUUUUCAUGAAAGUGUGAACAUUCAGGUGGUAUUUUUAUCAUAAUGUUGGAGGGUUGGGAAGAUCUACUGUUUUCUUUAUGUAAGGAAGGAGUGUUUUCACUGCAUUUACAAAUGCAGAAUAAGUGAUAGAAUUGUAACAAUGUGGUAAUGUGUACACUGUAGGCACACCUAAUUAUCUGAACACAUGUAAACAAUACAAGCUUCCUUUAAAAUCAACAGCUCUGGAUUAUAUUUGCAUCCCAAUUCCUCUGGUUUUGAAGACCACUGAUUCUAUUUUGAGACCACUGCAAAGAUACGUCUGGUUGUCAAAUGGUACUGUAGUUAAUAGAGACUAAACCACAAUAGAAGUAACUUGUUUUUUUUUUUAAAGUGUACAUGCUACUUAUGUUGAACUGGACAUACAGGAAAACAUUCCUUUUGGAUGACUUUCUUCUACUCUAGGCCUGUUCCUACUAGUUUAAUUUGCUGCUUUUAUAAAUGAUAAUUUAUAGCAUGUAAGAAAUGUACCAACCUGCAUCAUUUUUUUUUUUAAAUGUAUUUCCUGAUUAAUAAAGUUAAUUUAAUUUUUUACAAAAACUUUCUAAGGUAGUGUAACUGGCACACCUCCCUUGUACUUAUUCCCAACUGCAUUACAUUUUAAUAGGUGGCUAGAUGGAUCAUUGCUAUUUAAGAAUUUACAUCAGGGAUCAUUGUACCUCGGCUAUUACAUGGUGCCUUAAACAGAAAUGAAACUAAGAAUUAGUAUUUUUUGUUAUUUUUAAUAGCUCUUAAAAUUUAUUCAACAAGGUGUGCCUGUCACUUUCAAAUUUCUUAUGUAUUAGGGGCAGGUUACAUAGUCUUCAAAGAAAUAAAGAGGGUUUUAUUAUUAAGUUAUAUUUAUAUUCCUCCUAAAAUUGAUGUUAAAAAUAUUUUUUCUUGUUUCUAGUUGAAUUUCACUUUAUUACAAAUAAAAUUUGCUUGAGAACUUGAAAAACAAAAGUAGUUUUAAUGCCAACUUCAAAUCUUGUUAAAGUAAAUGGACUAUAGUCAUAAGCAUGGUUAUAUAUUUUAAGCUCUUGUCAGAUUUUUAAAAAGUCAGACUAAAUAAAUAAGCAGGUAUAUAAUGCAGCACAUAUUUUCAAUUUGCAUAUGUGGUAGGGUGUCAGUCUGAUGCUAUGUUUUAAUGAUUAUAUUUUAUAGUGAUAGUUUAUACAGUCCAUAAUAAUUGACAUUAAACAUCUCUGAUUUUUUUCUGAUUAUCUUAAGCAUUUUCAUUAUUUUUAAAGCAGACAUAAAUUUGCGAAGCUAAAAUAUUGAAAAUAAUUCAAUAAAAGCAAAAAAGUGAAAGAAAUAAUAGCAAAAGUAAUUUUAUAGAAAGGAUUGCAUUAAAAAUGGAGUCUCUUGUUUUUUCUAGUGUGACUGUGGAUGGAUAUUUUUUUAAAGUCAUAUAUACCAAAUGAGUGAAUAGCAUGUGACAUGAACAGUGUAUUUUUAGCAAAGAAAUUUGUUGCUAGAGCUUUAAGAUGUAUCAAGAAUGGUUAUAGAUCAACUAAGAUGGCUUAAUACUUUUUGGGGUACAAAAUUAUUUGUAAAUUUCUUAGCAAAAUUUGGAGGCAAGCCCAUCCUGCUCCAUUCUAUGAAGGCACGAUUCCUAUUUAUGUCUGUAGAUGUUUUUUGUCUCAGCAAAAAGUGCAAAUGAGGUUUGUAUUAAUUUCUCUCUAAAUUCACCUGUGCACUGAAUCCUCAUAGGUUAUGUUCUCCCAAAUAUCACUGCAUUCUGCGUUUUUUCACUUAGGAAUCAGCACCCUUCACCAAAAAUCCUAAAAACUAACCUAUGAUAAAUAUUUACUCCCUUUUAUUUUGCAUUAUAAUAUUUUUAAAAAUAAAAUAUAGUUGAAUAUUCAUAAUUUUUCAUUCUUAAAAUAGGGUGCCCUAUGCUGUACUGAUAGUCCCUAUUGCCUGGUUUCAAAUUUUGUGUUGACAAACUUUAAAUAUUUUUUAUUGGUAGAAUGUUGGAUUUGUUGCUGCUGAAAGAAAAGUAUGGUUUUAACAUGUAAAUCUAGAUUGCUAAGAAGAGGUGGGACCUCAACAUCUUCUGAACAGUUAAUCACUGUUCAUGUAUUGCAAAAAGAAAACAAAAUAUAUGCAUACAAAGAUAGAAUGCAUAUAAUGGAUUCUAAUAGCAGUUAGCAAAACAAAUUUAAAUUAUUCGUAAUUCAGAAAACUGAAUUAAGUUUGUAUUUCUAUGUUUAUCAACUGAUUGUUCUCUCAAAUUUUUAAGUAAUAUUUUCCCCACUUUAACAAUUAUUUGAAAUAAUUAAGUUGUUGUAAGCUGCUGUGCUUUGCUUUUAAAUUUACUGGAAUUUAGAUCAAACAUACACACAUGAAACAAUUUAAAGACUUUUGAUAUUUGUUAAUAGAUGGGUAUUGUUAAUGAUUUGAGCACAGAAAUAUGGAUACCUCACUCCAAAUUAUGUAGUGUGUAGCAUGUGGCUGAAUUGCCACUCUGAAGCCUGUUUAACUCUUUAGAGCUCUAAAGAGCUGUAGCAAGCAUUUACUGACUAGACACUACAAGAUAAGGUCUCAUAUCAUUUGUGGAUUUUACCCAAUCUUGAUGUGAAAUUAAAAAUAUAUUUUAGAGUCGCUUCCCCCAUUGGUACAAAUUACUUAGUAAACACUGUGGCAGAAUGGGAAUGGGUGUUGUUGAAUUACUUUUUCAAAAUAUGGGGCCCAAUUUUCACUUUCAUAUUUCUCAUUGUAAAUCAGUUUUUUAAAAGUCCCCUCUUUUCAGUUAUCUGCUUCUGUGUUUUAUUAUUUUACUGUAGCAUGCUUUGUGCAUCUUUUUUUUAAUGUUCCGUUAAAAAAAAUGGAUCAUAUUGUUUACUUUCAAAAUUAUGAUGUACAGCAUUUCUGCCUUUAGUUCACAAAUGUGUAAAAUAUUGUGCUGGUGUACUGUCACUGAGGAAUGUAUAGCUUUAUAAAACAUUUCAGUUUAAACUGAAGCAUUUUUAAAUGUCUGAAAUACUGCUUCUGUUCAAAAUAUUUUCCAUGGGGGAAGACCUGACCUGAUAUAUUUGUGAUUCUCACCAAAUUAUAUCAGCAUUGUUUAGAAAGACAUUUAUAUUAGUUAGCACUACAUUGCAAUCUAGCUUACUUUACAGAGUGGUUUUACAAAAUGAAAUAACCUUUUAUAGUCAUGGGAAAAAAAAAGGUGAAAAAUAAACUUUGUAAAUAACGUA